GUCUCCUUUGCUCUCUCCCCUGGACCCUUGCUGCAUCAGCGCAAAAUAAAGAGAGAGGGAGGAAAAAAAAAAGGGCUCCUUUAUCUCUCUCUCUCUCCUCUGUUCUCGUCCUCUAAUCUCUCGAUCUUGGAGAAAAAGACAGCAAUGGCGGAGGGUUACAGUUCGAUCCCGAACACGCCAUUGCUGAAGGAUGAGCUCGACAUCGUGAUCCCGACGAUCCGGAACCUGGAUUUCUUGGAGAUGUGGAGGCCCUUCUUCCAGCCCUACCACUUAAUCAUCGUUCAGGAUGGGGAUCCCUCGAAGACGAUUAAGGUGCCGGAGGGGUUCGAUUACGAGCUCUACAACCGGAACGACAUCAACCGGAUCUUGGGUCCCAAGGCUUCGUGCAUCUCCUUCAAGGACUCGGCUUGCCGCUGCUUCGGCUACAUGAUCUCCAAGAAGAAGUACAUCUACACUAUCGAUGAUGACUGCUUCGUUGCUAAAGAUCCAUCUGGCAAACAGAUCAAUGCACUUGAGCAGCACAUAAAGAAUCUCCUCACCCCUUCUACCCCCUUCUUCUUUAACACACUGUAUGAUCCGUUUAGAGAUGGUGCAGACUUUGUUCGUGGUUAUCCUUUCAGCCUUCGGGAAGGUGUUACAACUGCUGUUUCUCAUGGCCUUUGGCUCAACAUUCCUGACUAUGAUGCUCCCACUCAGCUUGUCAAGCCUCAUGAGAGGAACACCAGGUACGUGGACGCUGUACUUACAGUCCCCAAGGGGACUUUGUUUCCAAUGUGUGGAAUGAACCUGGCUUUCAACCGUGAACUGAUAGGCCCUGCAAUGUACUUUGGAUUGAUGGGUGAUGGACAACCUAUUGGGCGUUAUGAUGAUAUGUGGGCGGGAUGGUGUACCAAGGUGAUCUGUGACCACUUGGGUUUGGGUGUGAAGACUGGACUGCCCUACAUCUGGCACAGCAAGGCCAGCAAUCCGUUUGCGAACUUGAAGAAGGAGUAUAAUGGUAUAUUCUGGCAAGAAGAGCUGAUCCCGUUCUUCCAAUCUGCUGUCCUUUCAAAGGAUUGCACCACCGUUCAGAAAUGCUAUAUUGAACUGUCGAAGCAAGUGAGGGAAAAGCUCGGGAAGAUCGAUCCUUACUUCAACAAGCUUGCAGAUGCCAUGGUUACAUGGAUUGAGGCUUGGGAUGAGCUCAACCCAUCCGGAGCUGCUGCUGAAAAACCCAAUGGCCCAGCCAAGUGAAAUAGAGUAGACAAUAUGGACGUCACUACCAUUCCUUUUUAUUGUUAGUAUUCAUGGACUUUGACCUUAGAUGUUAUUCUUAUUGUUUUUUAAGCUUCAUUAUGAGGCUCGGAGUGCUUUUGCAAUUGGUAUUGUAAUCUUUUACA